AUGGUUUCUAGUAGGAAAUUGAGAGCAUUCAAGAAUUGGAUGAAGUCGCAACAUGUAGAGUGUAGCGACGCGCUGGACGUGGUAGUGACGACGAACUCUUCGGCGGUAUCCGUAAGAGCCUUGUGCGAUCUCAAUGUUGGUGAUUUAGUGGCGACUAUUCCCAAGGAGAGUUGCUUGACGGUAAAGACUUCAGGUGUGCGGCAAAUGAUAGAGGAAUCGGAGCUUCAAGGCAUCUUAGCUCUAGCAGUUGUCAUCAUGUAUGAGCAGCCUUGGUUUGGUUAUCUCCAGUUGAUCUCUUAUUCUGAACCUAUCCCUUUGUUGUGGUCCCUAUCUCAAAUCGACUCUCUUCUCGCCGGAACUGAGCUUCACAAGAUAGUUAAAGACGACAAGGCACUUAUCUACGAGGACUGGAAAGAGUGUAUUGAGCCUCUCUUAACUUCAGUUUCUUUACAGCUUAAAGCAGAACAUUUUGGUGUUAAGGAGUAUCUUGCUGCAAAAAGUCUAAUUGCGUCGCGGUCUUUUGAAAUAGAUGAUUACCAUGGAUGCGGAAUGGUCCCAUUGGCAGAUCUGUUUAAUCACAAAACUGGUGCUGAGGAUGUACACUUCACAUCUUAUGCUGAAUUGAAUAAUGCUGCUGACAAUGAAAAUUACGGAAAUGAUAAGACUCAUUCAGGAGGUGAAUGCCUCCAAAGGAGUGACUUGGAGUCUUCUCAUUCUGAAUUGGAUGAUGAUGCUCACAGCGACAAGCAUGUAAAUGACGACAAUGAACCAACCAAGGUUAAUUCAAGGGAUGAAUCGAUUAGUGGGAGUUACUCGGAGUUUUCUUCAGCUUCUGAGGAUGAUCUUACAGUUUUGGAAAUGAUCAUGGUGAAAAAGGUCGAAGCUGGGGCUGAGGUAUUAAAUACGUAUGGGUCUUUAGGUAAUGCUGCUCUGCUACAUAGGUAUGGAUUUGCAGAGCCUGAUAACCAGUAUGACAUUGUGAACCUUGAUCUGGAGCUUGUACUUCAGUGGAGUUCAUCUCGAUUUUCACAUCGCUACAGUAGGAGGAGGUUAUCACUAUGGAGAAAAUUAGAUUAUUCUGGAUGUGUUAGCCAAAAUUUAGAAUAUUUUGAAAUUUCAUUUGAUGGGGAGCCGCAAGUUGAGCUGUUGAUUUUACUUUACAUAAUAUUAUUGCCAGAGGAAGUGUUUGCUGAACUCGAUCUUGCAGUAUCUAUCACCAGUGGUUUUGAAAAGUCUGAGGGCUUCAAUUUGUCGAAGAAAGAUAUUGUUUUAUUUCGAGAAGGUGUUGAGUCGAGCAACAAUAUGUUGCUGACAGAUGGUGUUUGUGUGGCUCUGUCGGGACUAGCAGAUAUUCGGGAAAGUUUAUAUGGUUCAAACCAUCUAGAAGAUGAUUUCAAAACUUUGAACUAUUGCUGUCUGGUGAAAGAACCUAAGAUAUAUUAUUCAUUGGUGUUGCGCAUCAGUGAGAGAAGGAUCCUUGAAAAGCUAAGGUGUUAUGCCUCUGCUGGUGCUAUAAUGCAAACAAAAGGAGGUAAAACUAGAAAAAGAGCAAAGUUUGAAUGAUCUGUUUCAACUAUCCGCGAUCACCGCCAGAUGUGUUUCUGGAUGAAAGGUGCAUACUAGACUGAGUUCCAUAUCAUACUCCCGCAACCAAAGUUCCUUAAUUGUUUCUUGGGCUUGUUUGUUAUUCUUGACAUUAAUCCUGGUGUUGUAUUUGCUUUUGGAAUCAUGAGCUGGCAAUGCAACUCCAAUGACUAGUAUUCUGUUCACAUUCUCCUUGUUUUGAAAAAUCUGUCAUUACUUUAAUCUCAAUUGUUUUGGUU